ACAGCCUCAAUAAAGGCCAGAGCACAAUCUUCUGUCAGUGCCAGUCACACACUUCACAAAAUAUCAGGAGCAAAACCAACAGACUCUCAUAUCACCUCUAAUAUGACCUCUCACUCUGAGAACCUGACCAUACAAACAAUAGUAACUUCAGAAACAACCCUCCUGACAACAACCCCUAGUGCCCUGCUUACAAGCACAGUCAUCCAUACCCAAACCAGCACCCUCGCCCCUCACACAUCACCUGUGACCAGCACCUCACAUACGGCCGCUUCCAGGACAGCAGCCACACUAGACCCUGCUACAGCUCCUGGUUCAUCGUUGCCCACCACUUCCCCUUCAUCCCUAGCAUCUGUCUCCAAUCCUUCAACUCCUAACCACACAACAGGGAAACCCACCCAAUCCAGUCACCACACUGUCCUGCCAGUAACAUUGUCCACAUCACCACACACUGGCACAGCUAGUGAGGCAUCUACUCAACCCACCCCAACUACACACAAUGCCACCCAACCUGCUCCACCAACAGCCCCUGGGCCUACCAUGGUACCUCAGCCAGCCACAGUCAAGACAGGAACUUAUCAAGUCCUGAAUGGAAGCAGACUAUGUAUAAAAGCAGAGAUGGGGCUAGAGCUGAUGGUUCAAGAGAUGGACUCGGUUUUUUCACCUAAGAGUUACUUCAUUAUCGAUCCCAACACAACUCAAGCCUAUGGAAACUGUAGCUUCCGGAAGUCCAACCUGCUUGUGAAUUUCCCAGGCGGCUUUGUGAAUCUCACAUUUACCAAGGAUGAAAACUCCUACUAUAUCAGUGAAGUGAGUGCCUAUCUGACCAUUUCAAAUCCAGAGAAAGUUUACUUAGGGAUAAAAAAAUCUCUGCUGAUGUUUGAGGCCGUGCUCGGCCAUUCCUUCAAGUGCGUGAGUGAACAGAGCAUCCAGUUGUCCCGCCACCUUCAACUGAAAAUGAUGAAUAUCCAACUUCAAGCUUUUGAUUUUGAAGGAGACCACUUUGGAAAUGUGGAUGAGUGCUCAUCUGACUACACAGUUGUGCUUCCCGUGAUCGGGGCCAUCGUGCUCGGGCUCUGCGCUGUGGGGCUAAUUGUCUAUGGAAUCCGUCUCAGGCGUGAGUCAUCUGGAUACCAAAGAAUCUAA